AUUUGAUCGGAGGCGCGAAUAAUGUGUGUAUUAAUCCAAUAUGCAUAUUUUUAAUAUAGCAAUUCGCCCGGUCUGCCAGUAAUACGUAAGAUUAUAGACAGAGCCGAGUACGCUUCCGGUUCCUGUCCCUCAGCAUGUUGUUAGCUACGAGCUUGCCGUACGUUGACUGCGCGCUUUGUGACUGUUGAUAGCCGUUUUCUUCUUCAUCGUCGUCUUUUCAAUUUCAAACCACCAAGUCAAACAGGGGACACUUCUCGGAGAACUAAGGUAAGGCAGGCACACACGAACAAUGGUAAAACACAACAGAACGCCGGUAAACCUGUUCCUGCAGGCUCUACCGGGAGACGCACCAUGUCGAGGCGCUACAUAAGCGGUGCCUCCUGAAGGAGAAAGGAAACUGUGACGCCGAUGACACUAUGGGCGGUAUAAGUUUCCACCGUUUUCCUCGGGACCCCUUGAGGUACAAGGCGUGGCUGGAGUUUUGCAACCUGGAGGCGGAUACGAGUCUAAUUUCCAUUCGCUCUAAGGUCCUGUGCUCCCAGCACUUCGCACCAGUUGCUUAUUUGCGCACAGGAAGGCUUCGGUGGGAUGCAGUUCCUACAUUGAAGCGCACACUGCAUGGCGUUGGAGGAAGUAGUGCCUACGCCAAUCAGAGCAGACUUGAAAGCAGUGGGCCUUCAACGGAGGAACGUGUGCAAGCUGUGGUAGCCUGCGAUGACGACAGCACAGGAGCAAUACACCUUCACCAGAUGAGUCAUCCUUGCCAUGCUGAAGAGUGUGGUACUGAAGAAAGUCAGCAACAGCGUGAUCUGUCUCAUCAGGACCAUAGCUACGCACAACACGCACCAGCCUUGUAAACACAGAGCACU